AAGAAAGUUGUGCAAUUUAUAGAGAAAAAUGUUGCCACCAACCCACCCACAGGGUUCGGAACUGGAACUUUUACCACAGACUCCAGCUGCAGACCUUUCUUAUAGCUUUCUGGGAUUUCAGAGAAAUGGAGGACCAGUUAGCUAAAAGUGUGACCUUUGAGAUGCUUAAAAAAGCCCAGGAGAUGGUCAACAGCAGCCCGCUGGGAGUGAAUAAAACCCCUGUGAUUCCCUGGAGUCAGACCACACUGCCACUCAAAGUGUCCUGUGAUGUUCUCCUGAAGUUAGAAAACAUGCAGAUGACUGGGUCGUUUAAAAUCAGAGGUGUAGCGAAUCAGUUCGCCAACAAAGUCCAGCAGUCCAACGGAGGUAAUUUUGUCACAAUGUCUGCUGGGAAUUAUGGGAAGUCAUUUGCCUAUGCCUCUAAGCACUAUGGAACCAAAGGCAAAGUGGUGAUGCCUGACACUGCCCCCAUUUCCAGAUCUCAGCUAAUACAAAGUUUUGGUAUUGACGUUGUUCGAGUGCCGACAGUGAAUCUCAUGGAUGAAGUGAAUCGAUGUGUUCAGGAGGAAAACAUGACCUUUCUUCAUUCCUACAAUGAUCUUGAUCUCAUUUCAGGUCAUGCCAGUCUGGGUUUUGAGAUCCUGGAGGUUCUUCCUAAUCCAGAUGUGGUGGUGGUGUGCUGUGGUGGAGGGGGUUUACUGGCUGGAGUGGCAGCUGCUGUUAAGCUUUCAGGCUGUAAAGGCACAAGAAUCUAUGGAGUCGAGCCUGAAGGAGCAUGCACCAUGUACAGAAGCUUUAUUGAGAAGAAGCCUGUUGGCAUGGAUGCCAAGAGCAUCGCCUCCGGCCUUGCACCACCAUUUGCAGGGGCGCUGCCAUAUGCCAUGUGUCAGAUGUAUGUAGAGGGGAUUGUGCUGGUAACCGAUGAGGAAAUCAAGGCUGCCGUUUCCACGCUGUACAGAGCUGGUUUGGUGGUAGAGCCCUCAGGAUCUGCUGCUUUUGCUGCUCUUGUUAACAACCGAAUACCUGAUGUAGCUGGCAAAAAUGUGGUGGUUAUCCUGAGUGGAGGAAACAUCAGCAAAGACGAGCUGAGCAACUUCCCUGAUUAACCCAUGCAUAGACUGGGACGGUUUAAACACACAUAGUCACGCUGUGAAUAAAGAACAUCAGUACAGAUA